CACUCCACACAUCACAACACAACACAACAGAAUACACAACUCAAACACAUAUUGCAACUCCAUCACUCACUUCUUCUCUUUCUUUUUUCUUCUUUCUUCAUUCGUAUUUUUAUACGGUACUCUUAUAUACCGUAUUCGUAUACCUUAUUCUUCCAUCAAUGGCGGACCAUGACAUAACCUCGCCGCUACUCUCCUCCGAUCACUUAAUCGUCACCGUCGAGGACUCUGCCUCCUCCGGCGGUGCCGGCGGGGGAUGGAACCCUUUCCGACACCUCGGGUGCGAUGAGGAGUUGACCGUGCCGGCGGCGAUCACGGUGGACCCGUUCCGGAACGGGACGCCGGAGAUGGAGGGGGUUUAUGAGUGGGUGAAGACGGUGGUGUGUUUGCCGUUGGCGGUGGUGCGGUUGGUGCUGUUUGGGCUGUGUCUGGCGGUAGGUUACGUGGCAACGAAAUUGGCGUUGCACGGGUGGAAGGACAAGGAGAACCCUAUGCCACGGUGGAGAUGCAGAAUCAUGUGGAUCACUCGAAUCUGCGCCAGAUUCAUUCUCUUCUCUUUUGGCUAUCAGUGGAUAAAACGAAAGGGAAGACCUGCACCAAGGGAAAUUGCUCCAAUAAUUGUAUCUAAUCAUGUUUCUUAUAUUGAGCCUAUCUUCUAUUUCUAUGAACUAUUUCCCACCAUUGUGGCAUCUGAGUCACAUGACUCCAUACCUUUUGUUGGCACCAUUAUUAGAGCAAUGCAGGUCGUAUAUGUUAAUAGGUUCGAACCAUCAUCAAGGAAGCAAGCUGUCAGGGAAAUAAAGAGAAGGGCUUCUUGCGAUAGAUUUCCUCGAGUGCUAUUAUUUCCGGAGGGAACCACGACUAAUGGAAGGAGCCUUAUCUCCUUCCAACCUGGUGCAUUUAUCCCUGGGUACCCAAUCCAGCCUGUAAUUGUACGCUAUCCUCAUGUGCACUUUGAUCAAUCUUGGGGCAAUGUUUCUUUGGGAAAGCUUAUGUUCAGGAUGUUCACUCAGUUCCACAACUACUUCGAGGUAGAAUAUCUUCCUGUCAUUUCACCCCUGGAUGAUAAAGAAACUGCUGUACAUUUUCGUGAGAGGACUUGCCGUGCUAUUGCAACUGCAAUGAAUGUUGUACAGACUGGACAUUCUUAUGGAGACACAAUGCUUCAUUCGAAAGCACAAGAAGCAAAACAGGAGAACCCCUCAAAUUAUAUGGUUGAAAUGGCCAAGGUGGAAUCGUUGUUUCAUAUCAGCAGCUUGGAAGCUGUUGACUUUCUGGAUAAAUUCUUGGCUAUGAAUCCUGAUCCCAGUGGUCGAGUUCAGUAUCAUGACUUCUUGAGGGUAUUAAGACUCAAAGCUUGCCCUUUAUCUGAAAAGAUAUUUGCAUUCAUUGAUGUGGAGAAGAGAGGGACAAUUACAUUCAGACAGUUCUUGUUCGGGUCUGCACAUGUCAUGAAGCAGCCAGGGUUCCAUCAAGCCUGUGAAGUAGCCUUUGCUGAGUGUGGUGGUGCAGUAAAGGCCUACAUUGUUGAACAAGAAUUACGAGAUUUCAUCCAACCUGCUAUUUCCAGCUGGGAGGAGGAUGAGGUUCAUGAGCUUUUUGUGCUAUUUGAUAACAAUAAUGAUGGAAAAAUUGACAAGGGUGACUUUCUUUCUUGCCUUAGAAGAAAUCCUCUUCUCAUAGCUUUACUUAAACCUCAACCGCAGUACAAGGAGUCUUUUGGUAAUGGAGUGCUAGAGAGUGUGAUGGGUUGAUUUUACGUGGGAUUAUAUACUCUGGCUUUGUAGGAUGAUGUUCUUUUAGGGAGUACAAAGAAAAGAAAGGGGUAGGAAUUACAUAAAGUAUAGGAUGCAUAAGCCUCCUCUUCUUCUUAAUUUUUUUUUUCCUAUUUCUUUUUUACCUUGCCCUGAUUAAUUACUCAUGCAGCGCAAUUAUUUGGUCAAGAUCUGUGUUUUCCUGCCUUAUUUUAAAGAGGUCAGUUUAACACAGCCAGAUUUCAGUUAAUCUGAUGCAACACUAGUUUUGGUUCAGAAACCAUAUUGGCAUUUAGGGUCAGUGUGGUUCAUCUAAGGUUUGAACCAACUUGUGAAUCUUUCGUUUGUAACAAACAUAAUGAGUGUAUUUUCAAAGAUGUGAACAUGACUAUAGUAUUAAUUGAAUUUGGAUUUUUG